AUGAUCGAUUCACUUUGGCUGUCGGUUUUGCUUCGAUGCUGUGCUGGCAUUUUCAUGCCUCGUCUGCCCUUGGUGCGCUGUGAGGGUAUCUUUCUUCUGGGCACGCUUCGUAGUGUGUUUUGCCAAUUUCUCCGUUUUUUAUUUAUUGCUACUAUUAUUACUUUUGCUUCUGCCGUAAGAGCCUGGGGACGGCAGCACGCACCGGAAUGGGGGCAAAUACGUGAGAGAGGGAUACUCGCUUAUGCAGAUGGGCUUCUGCGCUUCUUGGCCGCUCUGGUCCGUAGGGAGACCCACUUUUUAUGGUGGCUCAUCUGUGAAGGUGGCCCUCCCCAGCUGACGUUGACGCAAUUAGCCGCGAAUGGCCAACACGAGGCCCCAAGCUCAACAGACAAUGUGGCACGAUUCUUCGGUUUGUGGGAUGGCAACUGGUUUUGUGCACGCCACACUGGCCGCAGUUUGAGACGUCUUCCCCCGCCCUUCCAUUGUCGCGGUGCAGCCGAUUGGGCAGACGACCUGCGUGUCACGGGCACCCACACGGCGGUGCUGGCGUAG